AUGAAGAAAUGUCUUCACAGAGGGAGGAAGAGGAGSAGYGUUGGUGAGGAGGAGCAGCCRUCCUGCUGUGCUUUGUGUCAGRAGGUUCUGGUGGAUCCGGUCUCUACCAGCUGUGGACACUGGUUCUGCAGACAGUGCAUCRGGUCCUACUGGGACCAGUCUGCUCCAUCUGGACCCUCCUCCUGCCCCCAGUGUGGGAAAAGACCCAGAACAGGAGCUGGACUGCUGACAGCCAAUCAGAGCAGCUGCUCUCCAGCAGAUGUUGUUCUGCAGCAGGCCCUUCAUGAACAUAAGAUCAGUCUGAGGAGGAGAUGUGAAUGUGUGACUGAAGGAAGUGAUGAAACAGGAAGUAGAACCCUCCUCAACAGGAUCUACACUGAUCUCUACAUCUCAGAGGGAUGGAGUGAAGAGGUUAAUACCCAGCAUGAGGUGAAGCAGCUGGAGAUCCAGAACCUCCAUGACUCUCCAAUCAGGUGCCAUGACAUCUUUAAAGCCUUCCCUGACCAACAUGGAGUCAUCAGAGUGGUUCUGACCAACGGCGUCGCUGGUGUUGGAAAAACCUUCUCAGUGCAGAAGUUCACUCUGGACUGGGCCGAGGGCUUGGAGAACCAGGAUGUCAGUGUGGUGGUCCUGCUGUCGUUCAGGGAGCUGAACCUAAUCAGAGAUGAGCAGCACAGUCUUCUCUCACUGCUCCAUGUUUUCCAUCCAACACUCCAGAAGCUCUCAGCAGAGCAGCUGGCUGUUUGCAAACUGCUCUUCAUCUUUGAUGGCCUGGAUGAAAGCAGACUUUCACUGGACUUCAGCAGCAGGCAGCUGGUUUCUGAUGUCACACAGAAAUCAUCAGUCAACGUUCUGCUGACAAACCUCAUCAGGGGGAACCUGCUUCCCUCGGCUCUCAUCUGGAUAACUACCAGACCUGCAGCGGCCWAUCAGAUCCCUGCUUCAUGUGUUUCCAGGGCAACAGAAGUACGAGGCUUCACCGAYGCCCAGAAGGAGGAGUACUUCAGGAGGAGGUUCAGUGAUGAAGAGCUGUCCAGCAGAAUCAUCUCCCACAUCCAGACCUCCAGGAGCCUCCACAUCAUGUGUGGUCUGGAUGUCACAGAGGCCUCAGUGUACUCAGGAGUUUGUACAGAGAUCUUCAAAAGAGAGAAUCUGAUCUUCCAGAAACCAGUUUACUGCUUUGUUCACCUGAGCAUCCAGGAGUUUCUGGCUGCAGUUUACAUGUUUCACUGUUUCACCAGCAGGAAAACAGAGGUGGUGAAGAAGUUCCUGGGAAAAAAAUACAGUGAAACAUCUCUGGAGGACUUUAUGAAAAAAGUCAUGGAGAAAUCUCUGAGAAGUAAAAAUGGCCACCUGGACCUGUUUGUUCGUUUCCUUCAUGGUCUCACUCUGGAGUCCAACCAGAGACUGUUAGGAGGCCUGCUGAGUCAGACAGAGAUCAGUCCAGAAACCAUCAAUAAAAUACUCAAUAAUCUGAAGAUAGGAAGAUUACAGGUGUCCCCUCAAAGAAGCAUCAACAACUUCCACUGUCUGACAGAAAUGAAGGACCUCUCAGUUGAUCAGGAGAUCCAGCAGUUUCUGAAAUCAGAGAACAGAUCAAAGAAGAAUCUCUCUAUGAUCCAAUGUUCAGCUCUGGCCUUCAUGCUGCAGAUGUCAGAGGAGGUUCUGGAUGAGUUGGACCUGGAGAAAUACAACACAACAGAGGAGGGACGACGGAGACUGAUUCCAGCUGUGAGGAACUGCAGAAAGGCUCGACUUGGAAGCUGUAAACUCACAGGGGCUGAAUGUGAAGUUGUGGCUUCAGCUCUGAAGUCCAACCAACAUCUGACUGAACUGGAAAUCAAAGGCAAACUGGAAACCUCUGCAAUGGAGCGUCUGUGUGAAGGCCUGAAGAGUUCAGACUGUAACCUGGAGAUUCUGAGAUUGAGGAGMUGCAGGUUGUCAGAGAUCAGCUGUUCUUCUCUGGCCUCAGCUCUGAAGUCCAACCAACAUCUGACUGAACUGGAAAUAAAUCAGAUCAUCAUGGAGGAAAACACUGGAGACUCUGGACUGAAGCAUCUGUGUGAGAUCCUGCAGAGUUCAGUCACUAAAGUGGAGAAGUUAAG